AUGCAGUGCAAUCCAGAUGCCAAACGUUUAUAUGACGAUCUAUUAUCCGGCUAUAAUCGCCUAAUACGCCCGGUCUAUAACAAUAGUGAUAAAAUAACAGUAAAAAUGGAAUUAAAAUUAUCUCAACUAAUUGAUGUGAAUCUUAAAAAUCAAAUAAUGACAACAAACAUGUGGGUUAAUCAGGAAUGGUAUGAUCAUAAAUUAAAAUGGGACCCAGAUGAAUAUGGAGGAAUUACAAAAUUAUAUGUACCAUCUGAACUAAUUUGGUUACCAGAUAUUGUACUUUAUAAUAAUGCUGAUGGCAACUAUGAAGUGGUAAUAAUGACUAAAGCGAUUAUUCACGAGUCGGGAAAAGUGAUGUGGAAUCCACCGGCAAUUUAUAAGAGCUCUUGUAAUAUAGAUAUCGAUUAUUUUCCAUUUGAUGAACAGGAGUGCUUCAUGAAAUUUGGGAGCUGGACAUAUGACGGCUAUACGGUCGAUCUCAAGCAUAUGAAACAACUAGAGGACAGUAAUUACAUUCAAAUGGGUAUGGAUUUGAGUGCUUUCUACUUGAGUGUUGAAUGGGAUAUAAUGUCAGUGCCGGCCAAGAGAAAGGAAAAGUUUUAUAGCUGUUGUGAAAUGCCAUAUCCGGACAUUACAUUUAAUAUAACACUGAGACGGAAGACCCUGUUUUAUACGGUUAAUCUGAUUAUCCCGUGCGUCGCCAUAUCUUUCCUAUCAAUUUUGGUCUUUUAUUUGCCGUCAGACAGUGGAGAGAAAGUCAGUCUUUCCAUAACUAUAAUGCUAUCAUUGGGUGUAUUCUUCUUGUUGUUGACCGAAAUCAUACCACAGACGAGUCUAAAGGUUCCACUAUUGGGUAGAUAUCUGUUAUUCACAAUGAUUUUGGUGACCCUAUCAGUAGUGGUCACUAUAGUAGUACUUAAUGUGAACUUCCGUUCGCCGGCAACCCAUCGUAUGGCGCCGUGGGUUAAGACUGUCUUUUUGAAUGUAUUGCCACGACUUCUGUGUAUGCAAAGACCAAAAGCAAGUGAAAAUGAUGUCGAUAUCGAUGAUGACAUACAUUACGGCUAUAGUAAUAAUGGCAAACGUUUAUCGCCUCCGGUCGGAGACAUGGGAUUACCAGAGAAGCCAAUCAUAUUAACGAAAACCGGUGUUAGAAGAGUGAGUAACAAUUCACUCAAUGACUUCCCUCCGCCGCCACCGCCGGACAAAUCUAAUAUGUUGUCAAUUAAGACGUUGCAUACAAACGGAGCCGACAAAUGUGUUGACAGAAUAGGCUUUCCUUUGCCACCCAAUUAUGACACCGAUGCCGAUCCCUUUGCAACGGAUGCUGAAACUGUUAGUCCAUUGCCUGCCGGGUCAGUGACCGAUGAAAUGGAAGCGUCGAAAAAAAAGUUAUGCCCUGAAAUGGAAAAAGCAGUUUUGGGGGUCAGGUUUAUGGCUCAGCAUAAUAUCAAUCUCGACAAAUAUCUUGAGAUCGAGGAGGACUGGAAGUUUGUGGCAAUGGUUUUGGACCGACUGUUUCUCUGGAUAUUUGCCAUAUCCUGUGUCAUGGGUACCAUACUUAUCAUAUUCAGCGCCCCAUCACUAUAUGAUACUAGACUUCCCAUUGAUAUUCAGCUAACAAAAGAGGUUACCAAAGAAAAAAUAAAACAAUUGAAAUUAACAUCAAAAUAUCUCUUUAAUACAUGUAAUAUUAAUUAA